GUAGAGGCAGCGGCAGCGCGCGUGUGUUUUGUUUAAUUUUUUAAUUAUAACAGAAUUUGAUAACAGUGAAACAACACCUCCUCAUACAUUUCUAAACAAAAGAAAAUAAAAAGCGAGGAUGUUGGCGGCGACGCUCACCACGUUGACGCCGCGGAUGCGGUUUAACUUCUCCAAACCAAACAUAGAGAAUAUAGUCUUCAAGAUGCACUACAAAGCGACGGUUACCCUUCUCCUGGCUUUCGUUAUCCUCGUCUGCGCGAGAGAGUACUUCGGGGAGCAUAUCAAGUGUAUCUCAGAUCAGGGCGUACCUGAUCAUGUUAUUCAGACUUACUGCUUCUUUAUGGCUACGUUUACUAUCGUUCGACAUUACAACGAGAGCCUGCUGCAGCACGGCUUCUUGCCGCACCCGGGUGUAGGGCCCAUGAUGGAGACGGACAGGACUCUGCACCACACGUACUACCAAUGGGUGCCAUUCGUCCUCUUCAUACAGUCUAUAUGCUUCUAUAUGCCGCAUUACAUAUGGAAGAAAAAGGAAGGCGGUCGUGUAAAAGCGUUGGUGGACGGACUACAGUACGCAGGGCUGGCGCUGCAUGCCGAGGACAUGAAGGUCGGCGCAACCACCGUGCCUUCGCGCACCACCAUUGACAACCAGAUCAAUCUUAUCCGGAAAGAUAUCUUAAUGAGACAACUUUAUGCCCGCGUUGCUGAAGAGUUGGAGAAACGUGAGCUGCCAAUGGACCAAGAUGGCCACGAGGAGAAAGGCGCUGAACCCAUUCUACUUGGAAAGAUCGACUACGCUGAUGAGACGCUACCUCUAAAACCUGAGAAGAAAGCUUCAUAG